GUUUGAUAUGUAGAGUGUGUGUGUGCAGGUAAGAUUCAACAUUGUAUUUUGGGAAAUAAUGAGUGAAAGACGUGUUAAACAGAAGAAAAAGGGCGUCAAAGAAACGCCUGCUGAGAUGCCUGCUACGAUUCAGCGACCCGACGUAAAAUUUCGUCUAAAAUUUUCCGACCUCUGGGAAAAUCCGGAACUUGUGUUAACCAACAUGGCGCCCUCCUGGUUGUUAAAAGCCGGUUCGGCGAUUCCAGAGUUUUUAUUGGGGAAAUUCCCCUACAUUCAGGCUGUAACUCUGCUAAUGCUUCUAGCUGAAAGAGCUUUAAAGAUGGAAAAAUACCCACCAAUGCACCCAUACAUUAUCUAUGCAGUAUCUGGACUGUGUCUGUUGUCCGGAGUGAUGUUUACUGCCAAGAUCAAAGUGAAGCAUGCCUCGCUAAUCUACUGCCUCGUACUUGCAUAUCUCGCUGUGAAUGCCUAUACGAACAAACAGUUUAACUACUCAAGACAUGUCAGAAAUCGAUUAAGUAGUCGUCAUCUUGGUUGUCUUGGCCUAUACAUCUUGUAUGCCUUUAUGAAGAGUGGCAGAGAAUCAAAACUUAUGCAGCGGGUUGGAGAACUCUGUCUUGCCACAUACCUUUGUGCGCAGGCAUACUUGUUGAACGAAAGUUACGAGGACAAGAAAGCUAUUGAUGAGCUUGUUCCGGGUGGAAUUUAUGCGAGAUAUGUUUUCACCCUCCUUUUUGCGUGUGCUGGACUCUGCUUUAUAGCUGGAUAUUUCUUGAAAGACAUUUCUCUCACAGUGGCAUUUGUUGUUUCAAUUUACAUUAUUCUGGUUGAUAUGAAGUUCUGGUUUUGGCAGUACCGUGGAACAUCUUACUGGAACCAAGUUAGGCUUCUGAUAGACAAUGUGAAUAUUGUGGCAGGCUUUUUCUUGCUUAUGAACCACUAUGAAAAUCUCACAGAAAAGGAUCAAGAUGAAGGUGAUGCAAAUGAAGAAGACAGAGAAAAGCAGGAUUAGAUAUUUGAUGAAACAAGGAUCUGCCUUAUGACUGAAAUCCACCCUGGUGUAAUCACCUGGUAGAAAUGCUGCAAUGUGACGAAACUAGGGUUUUAAUUUGUGCAACCAGGAAAUUUGGCACAUAAAAGUUUUGGGUAUCUAAAUACGCAGUGAUCUUCAUCUUGUCCCUACUAACCUAAACUACUUUCUAGUUUGUACAGUUUCCUAUAUUCAAAGUGUAUAACUGCACAGCAUUUUUAAGUUCUUAAGCCAAACCUGUUUUUGAUUUCCUGUAAAUUUACCUAAAUCCAACCUUAGGAUAGGUUGAACUUGAGCCUCCUGUUUGUUAUACCAUAUUUUAUAUAUAUUUAUCUACAAUUUAUUUUGAACUCAUUGAGUUGAAACUUUUGGUUAUUUUUUAUGUUCAAUGACCUUGACUUUUCUAAUUUUAGUAACAACAACUUGGCCUUGAUAAAAAAAAUCCAAAUGCAGCCCCAAUGUACAUGAGCUUGGUGUGUACGAAAGUUUCAACACUAAGUUAGUCCUAAUUCAAGUUUUUUUAUCAAAUUGUUAAUUCAGUUUCAGCUCCUUUGACCCUUUUGAACAAAAAAACAAUCCCACAUGUUAAACCUUACCAUAAGCUUCCUACACGACAUGUUUCAUCAAUAUGAGUUAUUUCUUACUCCAGUUCUUGAGCGGAAAACAUUUUCUUUUUUUAGUAACAACGACCUUGACCUUCAACCCAUGACAAUAUCCCAAUAUAAGUAUACAUGUUCACUUGCUAUAUACCAUGUUUCAUCCAAACAUUCUCAUCAGUAUAUGUUAUUUCUCAGUAACCCAAUUUAUUGAGCAGAAACCAUUUUUCUAAUUUACCUUACAGCAACCUUGACCCUACCAAGAAGGAAUCAUUAUUUACCAUGAUUUCGACCCUCCUGACCCCAAAAGCAAUCACAAGGUACUUCUUCACAUAUUCUUGCUACAUCUCGCUCUUGCUAUAAGUCAUCUCUAGCAUAAGUUAUUGAGAAGAAACUGCUUUUCUAUUUUUAGUUACAUUAAUCUUGACCCUAGAUACCCCAAAUGCAAUACCAAAUUAUGUUUUAUAAAUUCAAUUGCUGCAUGCAAAGUUUCACCACUAUACAUAACUCCUAAAUAAGUCUAUUUUAAUACAUUGACAUUGAGUUUUAAC